AUGCGGGAAGUCAACUUCAGCAUUCCCAAUGUGAAUAAGGCCUCCGUCAACAUCACCACUACCCUCUACGACCGAAGGGCCCUUGACUGCACAUCCACAUUACCGCUCAUAAACUCGCUCAACCACCUUGCAUAUCUCACAACUUCAUCGGCGCGGAUUCGAGACAUCCUGACCGUCGAUGGCGGCAUCGAAAGGCUUGUGUGCAUCCUGAAGGAGGGCAGGAGUAAGGAUCUGAUGGAAAUGUGGAAAUGGAGCCUCGCUUUCCAGUGCGUCGUCAACAUUGGAGUCAGGGGCUCCGAGAGUGUGCGGACUCGUGUCGUCGAGGCCGACAUGGUUCCCGUCAUUGCCACCAUCCUCGAUAAUUACAUCAAGGUGGUGGACAAGGUUCGGUCGCGCGCCGACCCUGAGCCUCACAAGCACUCGUCGAGCCGACACUCCGGCAAGCCUAGUGCCUCUACCCGCGAGGUCGCUGGACGAUCCGCCGCUCUUGAAGAGUCUACCCCCGAUGCCGACUCUCGUCCUUCGUCUCGCCGCCAGGCUCCUCCCAGCAUCGAAAUUCCCCAGCCUUACUAUCAGGACAACCAACCCACCGAUUCUGAUGCGAUGGAUGUUACCUCACCUCCCCGAGCUCCUAUGACGUCGCCCCCGGAACGGAGCACAUUCAGACAAGAGACUCCCAAUCAUCGGGCGCAUGAUGGCCGCGUCUCCCGGACAAACCACCGUCUGCGGGCCAUGCAGUCUCUUGCCACUGCCGUCCCCCACACGGAUACUGCUGAAGUAUUUGGUCUUCGCCCUGUUCGUGAUGCGGAACGUCUUCCUAGUAUGCCUCCUGGCCUACAAACCGGAAUCAUCUCUCAGCCCGACUCUCCUACUACCCCGAGCGGGCCCCUCCACGCUCAGUCCCGAAAUGUCCCCCAGACUACACCCGCCAGACAGCGCCCCGCCAUUCGCCAGCAGCAGUCGGCAUCGGGUGAAUCGGACGACGCCAAUGGCGAAGACUCGACGAUGGGCGACGAUAAUGUCUUGGGACAGAACGCCGAGCCGAUUGUUGGUCUCCCGAAUCGGAUGGAGAUUGACAGUGUUGAUGAACGACCCACGGCGAUGAUUGACGACGUUUCUGCCACACACGACCUGACUGUAACUGACCCUUCAGAAGAGGGCCAAGAGGCAGAGACCUUCAACAUCGCUCAUCGCUCUGCUGUUGACGGCAGUAUCAUCAACAACGGAAACACUCAAAACAACGGUGGACUUGGACUAUCACCCACCCAAGCCAACAACAACCCUAAUUCUCCUACCCUCGCUCCCAGCCCCUAUGCCAUGUACCUUCGUGACCGAAGCACACCCGCCGCCCAGGGGGUUUUGACAACCAUGCCCCGGGAUGAGGAUGUGUUGAUGUCGUUGCAGCUUCUGGCCUAUGUGUCCAAGUACUGCAACCUCCGGUCUUACUUCCAGCAUUCUCACCUCGUGCCCAAGCUCAAAAUCGAUCGGGAACUUCAUCUUCUAGAUGAGAAUGCCGAUCCUUCUACUCCGGUGGAGAUGCCGGAGGAUGAGGACGAAUACCUCCUUCCUGAUGAUAUCAAUAUCUUCCCACUGGUUGAGAAGUUCACUGUGAGGCACCACUCGAAGGACAUGCAAUACUGGGCUUGUGUGGUGAUGCGCAACCUCUGCCGCAAGGAUGAGUCGCGUGGCGGGAUUCGCCAGUGCGCGUACUACAAGUGCGGCAAGUGGGAGGAGUUUCAGCGCCAGUUCGCCAAAUGCCGUCGCUGCCGCCGCACCAAGUACUGCAGCAAGGACUGCCAGAAGGCUGCGUGGGUAUACCACCGCCACUGGUGCCACACCUCCCCUUGA